AUGUGGAAACGCCGAAAAUCGAGGAGAUCGAGUCCUACAGACGAUGUCGACGACUGUCACGACCGCAUUGAGAAAAUCGACGAAUUUGUGCGCGAGCUCGAGGCUGGUAACGUGCACACGGUGAGCGAUACCGCGGCCACGCUAGCCGAGAUAACCAAGGAGCGCCAGGGGGAGAAGAAACUGUUGAAGAUGCUGGACGGCGCGCGCGCGAGCCACGAGCAACAGGUCGAGCGUCUUCAAAACCAGUCCGCAGUAGUCAAUUCGUAG